UGGAUCCGCGAGCAUCCCCUACAAGCCACGUGCUACGCCGUCGGCGGCGGAAUGAUGUUAUUCCCGCUCGCGGCUGCGACGCCGGUCCUCGGUGCUGUUGGGUUUGGCGCUGCGGGGCCUGUUGCUGGUUCGCUGGCGAGCGCCGCGCAAUCGAUUUGGGCGCCGGUGGCUAGUGGGGGUCUUUUCGCGACGUUGCAGAGCGCGGCGAUGGGUGGAUAUGGGGCCGCAAUUGUGGCGGGGACGGUGCAGGCGGCUUCC